GCACGGAGCGCAGCGCGGGGCUGAGGCAGCCGCGGGGAGCCGCGCCGGCCAUGGCGGUGUCCGCGCCGCCCGUCAUCGCCGCAACUUCCAGCGGCGGCGGCGCGGGGGGCUCGGCGGGUUUGUUCCGGGCGGACCCGCUGUACUCCAGCCCCGCGGAGUCCCCGCGCCUCACCAACAGCCUCGUCAACACUUUCCUCUCGGCCGGCGGCGGCGGGGCCGGCGCGGGCGGCGGCGGCGGCAACGAGUGUAAGAUGGUCGACCUGCACGGGGUGAAGGUGGCCUCGUUCCUCGUGGAGGGGCAGGAGCUGAUCUGCCUGCCGCAGGUCUUUGAUCUCUUCCUCAAGCACCUGGUGGGAGGGCUGCACACGGUCUACACCAAGCUGAAGAGGCUCGAGAUCACGCCCGUGGUCUGCAACGUGGAGCAGGUCCGUAUCCUGAGGGGGCUGGGGGCCAUCCAGCCCGGCGUGAACCGCUGCAAGCUCAUCACCAGGAAGGACUUCGAAACUUUGUACAACGACUGCACCAACGCGAGCUCCCGCCCAGGCCGGCCCCCGAAGCGCUCGCUGGGAGUGGCGAUCCAGGAGUCUGACAGCAGCUGCCAUGGCAGAGGCGAUGAAGCUGCAGAAAAUGAAACUUAUGGCCAUGAACAGCCUGCAUGGAAGUGGGAGUCAAAAUGGAACCGAGUCAGAAAACGAAGAGCUCAAUUCUAAUGCAGGUGGCAGUGAAUCCUCCUGGGACAAGGACAAGCUGCAGUCUCCCAUCACGACGGGAUCCCAGCACAGCAUUGGGCACCCCACGCUGUCAGGGCAGUCCAGCCUGGGCAGUGCACACCCGCUCAGCCCUCUCCAGCAGAACCACCUGCUCACCAACAGGAUAGACCUGCCCUUCAUGAUGAUGCCGCACCCCCUGCUCCCCGUCAGCCUCCCCCCGGCCUCGGUGGCCAUGGCCAUGAACCAGAUGAACCAUCUCAACACCAUCGCCAACAUGGCGGCGGCGGCGCAGAUGCACAGCCCCCUCUCCAGGGCAGGGGCCUCCGUCAUCAAGGAGAGGAUCCAGGACAGCCCUUCCCCGGCGCCGUCCCUGGAGGACAGCCAGCGGCCCGGCAGCCACGCGUCCUCGCACCCCAGCAGCAGCGUGUCCAGCUCCCCGUCCCAGCUGGACACCACCCCCGACAGGAUCGCCAUGCUGACCAACAGCAGGGAAGGAGAACUCAUUGACCAAGAAACUGGGACCAGCCUAAAAAAAAUACAAAAGGAGAAAGAAGAGGUCCAAAUUGCCAUUCCAAUAAUGAAACCAACCUUAGAUAAAGUCCAACUGGCUGGACAGGCCUUGCCUCCUGGAUUUCCGGCGCCAUUUCUUUUUGCUGAUGGUCUUUCAUCAGUAGAAACACUAUUAACCAACAUUCAGGGCCUGCUGAAAGUGGCUGUGGACAAUGCAAGAGUCCAGGAAAAGCAGAUACAGCAGGAAAAGAAAGAGUUAAAGAUGGAGCUUUGUAGAGAGCGAGAACUACGAGAGAGCUUGGAAAGGCAACUCACAGCUGAGCUGCAAAGCAGAGCCACAAUUCAAAAACGCUUGAAGAAAGAGAAGAAGGCAAAGAGAAAAUUGCAGGAAGCUUUGGAAUUUGAAUCCAAGAGAAGAGAACAAGUGGAACAGGCUCUGAAACAGGCCACAUCAGGUGACGGUCUCAGGAUGUUAAAUGAUGCUGGAAUCCCAGAUAUGGAAAUAGAACACAACGGAACCCAACAUGACAGUGCAGCCAUGCAAGAAAACAGAACAUACAUCAAGCCGACCAUCAUGUACUGAAGGAACCACCUAUUGCUGAGAAAUGUAUAAUGACCACUAUUUGAAGACUAUAUAGUUCCUGAGAAAUGUCCCUUCCAACCUUUGAUGCCUUCAGUACUGUGUGAGGAACAGGAUUUGUAGCAUGAAACUUGAAGGACAAUUUCAAGCAAUUUACUGUUGCUGCAUUGAAAACUGCCGUAUUAAGAAAUACUGAGACUUUUUACAAGCUUACCAUACCAAACCAAGCCUGUCACAACAGAUCAUUUUUAGGUCCCUGGAGAUAGAAAGGAGUUUUAGUAUUUUUAAGCACAUACAUCAAUUAUUUCCCCUCCCCACCCUGCCCCAAAAAAGAACUUUUUUUUUUUUUUUUUCCUUAGGAGGUGGCUAUUACUGAAUAGCAAUGGCACAAUGAUUUUAAGCCACAAUGGUCCUCACUGGCUGUACAUCAUACAAGUCCAGUUUAUCACUGAAACUGUUCAACAUGGAGCUGUUUCGAUUGUGUUUAUAAAUUAAGCUUUGUUUACUGAAGCAGAUACUCGAUAUAUAUUACGUUUUAAAAAGAAAUGUGUGUACAUUUUUUAAAAGAACGAUGUAAAAAUUGUCCUUUCAUUAGAUGACCGAUUCAAAAGUGUGAGCUAAACCCUAAUAGCUGAUGUAAUAUGAGGAUUAUAAUUGAUGCUUUUUUUUUUAAUGCUCAGUUCAGCUUGGCUUUUGGUCUUUUAAGAUGGAAAAAUGAAUAUGCAGUAGAGUGUUAGAUAAUGGAAACUUUUAAGUAUGGUUUCUCUGUUGUACCAUAUUAAGUUAAAGUACACAUUCUUUGUUAAAAAUGUUCUUGCUAAAAAUACAGUAUUAAAAAGUUUUUUGUUUGACUUUGGAAAUCUUUUAAGAUUUUUUUUGGACUGUGAAUUCCCAUAGUAACUGUACUAAUGCAAACCAGUAUUUUGCACUAUUAAAAAUACUUGAAGAAAUGACUUAAUAAAGAGGGUGGGUUGGUAUUAAACAUUUUC